AUGUCAGGAGGAGUAAAUACAGUGAAGUCCGCUCUUAUGCAGAAAUUAAGAGACAGGCUAGGGGAACAGCGAAACACUCCUGCCAACAGAGACGCAGAAGGCUCCGGUUUGGGCAAUAAAAAUGCAGCCAAAGUUAACCGGCGGGUUGAAAUGGGAUGGCUCCACUUUGAGAGCGGCACUCAUCACCAAAUCAGGACAAGAAAUGGAGGUGGAACACGGCACCUGUCAGUCGAGAAAUCAGUAACUAUGCGUGAACUGCUGAAGACGGGCAAAUCCUUGUUUUUUCCAAAUGGACAUUCAUCCAAAGGGCCGAUGGAAGACUUCGAGUUUUCUAUUCGUGAUUACAGUCACAGUGCAGUAUCCCCUGAAGUCACAGUGGGCCAGCUGUACGAGCAGACUAAACUACGAAUGCUGCGCGUCUACACAACCUCCAAGGCUAAAGACGUAAUGCUUCUCUCUGAUACAUCAUCGGACUUUGAGCACACAGAUGAGAGGCCAGUUAAGACUAGGACUAUGCAGAGACGAUCCUUGAGGAACAAAACCAGGAGACGUCAUCACUGGAUGGCUGGAACUGAUCAUCAAGUGGAUCAUCCAGAGAGCUCCUCUGAUGUAGAUCCAGCAUCCAGUGGCUCAAUGCAGGAAAACCAUGAAAAAAGAGGAGAACCAAUCAGCCAAUCAAGACCAGCAACUCCUGACAUGAGUAACACAGAGGUCCUGCAUUCCCCAUCUUCGGAGGAUGUUGGCAUUCAUACUUUGCAAUCAACAAGCAGGCAUGGAUCUGAAGAUGACUGUUUAAUGCCUGUGUCAAAUCAAGAUGCAGACCAGUUGUUAAGGGACGAGUCAGAUUCCCCUCUUGCCCUUGCCAUCAAAGAAUCUCUUGAGGACUUUGAAGUAAACUUUGGACCUGUUAUCGGGGGUGAUGGUGAUAAUCAAGACUCCACCCUUCCCUGGAAUCCACAUGACUUGAACAGUAUUCAGCACUCAACACUGAAUGAUGGUCCUGUAUCAUCAAGCAGUCUUCCACCAUCACCAGACCCAUUUGAAAAAGAACUCCUCCUUGUGAAAUUAAGACGAGUAAACAUAGUUGAUGAUGUUCUUAAUGUCUUCAUGGAACCAAAAGUACUCAAUGCUAAUCUAAAAAUUGAGUUUACAAAUGAGAAAGCUGUGGAUAGUGAUGGUGUGUCAAGAGAGGCAUACUCCGCGUUCUGGGAACAGUUCUUGGAACAGUGUGAGGGUGAAGAUGACCGAGUACCCAGACUUCGACCAGACUAUUCGGAGAAGAAAUGGCAAGCUCUUGGAAGAGUGUGGUUGAAAGGAUACCUGGACCACAAAAUCAUACCAAUCCGACUGUCACCAGCUUUUGUUCUUGCUUGUUGUCAAGGAGUUAGUUCAGUGGAUGAAGACCUCUUGAUUAUGUCAUUUGCCAGAUUUCUUUCAGAGAAUGAGCGUGCAUCACUUGAAAAAGCACUACAGGGCAACAUGGAUGAAACUGUUGAGGAGGACUUACUCGAUGUCUUCUCAAGAAUGGGCUCACACUGCCUGCCCUCCAAAGACAACUUACGUGGUGCCAUUUUGACAAUGGCACACAAAGCUCUUCUUCAAGAGCCAAAGUUCAUAAUUGAUUGUUUCCACUCCAUUAUUCACAAUGCUGUGUCAACAGUCAUGACCAAAGACAGCCUAAUGGAGCUUUACGAAUCUAAGAGGCCAACUAACAGGAAAGUUGCCCAGAUGAUAAAGCCAUCAACUGAAAGCCUAAAUCCACAAGAGCAGAUAGCUCUUAACCACCUGCUACGGUAUGUGAGAAGCAUCGACCAAAGAAAACUGGAGAUCUUCUUGCGCUUCUGCACAGGAUCCACUGUGUUGUGCAAAGACACAAUUGAAGUAACUUUUAAUAGACUGUAUGGUUUAAGUCGCAGGCCUGUAGCACACACAUGUGGAGCAGUUCUUGAGUUACCAUGCACCUACAGCUCAUACCCCGAGUUUCGUAAAGAGUUUGAUAAUGUCCUGUCUGGAGACUGCUUUACAAUGGAUAUUGUGUAG